ACUCUGGGCUGACUCUUUGGAAAGCCAAAACAGCGGAGCAGGGGUUUUGGUUUUGUUGUUUCGGGAUAAAGCAUUUUCUGGCUAGCCAUGGGGAAAAUGAGCACGAAGCAAGUCACCUGCGGGUAUUUUCUCCAUGGUGUCUGCCGAAAGGGGAAUAGGUGUGUCAAAGAGGAUUGGUGUCAAGUGUAAACGGAGUGAGCUGUAUUCCAGACCGAGUUCUGGAGACUAAAUGGCAAUGAACGAGGGUGAAGUAGCGGAGGUGGCAGGUGUGGUGACGUUCUCGGAGCCCGAGCAUCACUGAGAGGGUCAGGAUAAAGAUGAGUCUGGUCUGGUAGAAGUGACAUUUUUUGAGAAAAUGGACCCCUGCAUUUUGGCUGAUCCAUUUGUGGUGGAAAGGAGUGGGUGUAUGGAUAGCAACUUCGCUAUAUGAAAAGCAAAUCAGCUAAUUGGGGCAGUUUUGUUGGCAUUCAAGAACGUUUUGCUUGGCUGAUUGGGCAGCAAGACACUUGUAUUGGCCUGCYUGGCGACUUCCAACUGGGCAUCACAGUCGUGUUGCCGGAGGUAGCUAACGUGGCAAUUUUUUUCAAGAAGGAUAGCAGCCUACCCAAGAAAUAACAAAUAUUGAUAACCAUCUAGAUGUCACCUUUAUACAUAGCCUACUACUCAAUGGGGAGGGCAUGGAAGGCGACACUGUGACAGUGCCCUUAGCUCUUGCUUGACAAGAACUACUGGCAACACAUGGGAAGUAGCUACCUAGUAGCCAAUAUCAGGGUGACAGUCAAAGUAAGCACAUGCAUACAACGCAUGAAGCAACAGUACACCCAUCAUGAAUACUUUUAAUAAAAAAUAAUCAAUCAUCAGUUUUAUAACUGAAAUGUACAAUUAUUUGUGUAACACUAUCUGUGAAAUGCGACUCAAACUCAUCUGGCUUAAAAACGAAUUCCAAACUCGCGAUAUGGUAGCUCAAAUAUGUACGGUAGUUGCGUGGUUAGAAACGGAAGACAAAAAACACCGCUCACUCAAAACCGUCUAACCUAUAGCAGAGCGCUUUCCACACACCCACUAAUUUCCACACGCCCACUACUUUCCUUUCGACCAACACACCCACUCRCCCAUACUCCGGUCGCCAUAUUGGAAUGCAGCUACCCCCUUCAAUAUCUCAUUGGCUGUUCCGCUGUUCGAAGUGGAAAGCGGGAGGAAGUAGAAGACGUACGACAACGCUUGACAGAAGAGGACAGAAAUUAUAAUGGACGUAACGACGUGUCUGAAGUCUCUCCUGCUGGCCAUCCACCAGUACAGAGACAACAGGACGGCCCAUAACGCUGCCCAGCUGCAGAAACAGGUGGAGGAGCUGUCAGGAAUGCAGUGUGUUCGUCUGCUGUCGUCGGGCCAGGUCCUGCCCAGUGAGUGUGUCUGUGGACUUGUGGAGCUGGCAGGAGACCCUAACACUAGCCCCGCACUCACCGGAACCAUAAUCUCUCUACUGGCCCAACUAGUCUGUGAUGAUGAGAGCAGAGAUGUUCUCCAGAGCAGUUAUAACCUGCCCAGCACUCUGGCCUCCAUCAUCCACUGCCACAGCGCCACCCCCAGGGAGCCGCUGGUAUUACAAUGUUUAAAGAUGCUACAGAGACUCACCUAUAACUGCUGUUGUAACUCUGUGUGUCUCAGUGUUAUAAAGAUGCUACAGAGACUCACCUAUAACUGCUGUGUAACUCUGUGUGUCUCAGGUUGUAAAGAUGCUACAGAGACUCACUAUAACUGCUGUGGAGACAAACACACAGACACCAAGGUUUUCUCUAUCUUUAGUUCUGGUGGUGACAACUCCCUGUGUGUGUGUGUGUGUGUGUGUGUGUUUCAGCUGUUCCAUGCUAAGAACAUCCACCAGACAUUCCAGCUGAUCUUUAACAUCAUCGUCAACGGCGACGGAACCCUAACCAGGAAGUACUCUGUAGACCUACUGGUGGACCUGCUAAAGAACCCCAAGAUGGCUGACUACCUGACUAGGUAUGAACACUUCUCAGUGUGCGUGUCCCAGGUGUUGGGUCUGCUACAUGUCAAAGACCCGGACUCUGCUGCCAAGGUGUUGGAGCUGCUCCUGGCUCUGUGUGGUGUGUCAGGCCUGAGGUCUCUGCUGUGUGAGGUCGUGUUCCGUCCCGCCGCCCCACGGCUCAGAGCUGCAAGCCGCAGACAGGGGGCGGGCCUAGACGCAGGGCAGAAAACCGAGCCGGGCUUAGCUCUCAUCCAAUGGCUGAGCUCUCCGGCUGARGGGGAGGAGUUAUGCUGUCUACAGGCCCUGCAGCUGCUGACUGAACUACUGGAAGAGGCGUUGGGUUCACAGGUCGUGUCUGUGUGCGUGUUGGGCUUCGUUGAGUUGUUGGUUCCAGUGGUGUUGGAUCUUCUGCAGGGACUGGACCCAGCCGCACCAGACAGCCAGCUCAGAACACACUGCAUACGCACAACACACACCACCAGCCUGCUGCUAAAUAGACAGAGGAUGGUCACGCCCCUCUCUCUGGCCCUGACGGUCCAGUCACAAGAGAGCAUGAUUCAGAAUCCGGGCUUCGUCCUACUGUUGGAGCCACGCUCUACCAGACUUCCCUUCGCGUGGUUGCAGGAUCAGAUGAAGGAUGUGCGUGUGUCAGAGAUCAUGGAUAUUUAUGAACAGAAGAUCUCCUCUCUGGCGUCUAAGGAGGGGAGGUUACAGGAUCUGUUAGAGGCCAAAGCUCUGGCUCUCUCUCAGGCCGACCGCCUCAUCACUCAGUACCGCUGUCAACGAGCUCAGGCAGAGGCCGAGGCACGUAAGCUAGCAUCUAUGCUGAAGGAGGCAGAACAGAGGAGAGAGGAGCUGCAGGUGGAGUUGGGCAGCCAGGUGCUGGAGGCAGAGAGGGCGAAGGGAGACAUCRAGGAGUUGUUGCAACACAAUGCUAGACUGCAGGCUGACUCUCAGGAACACCAGUCUCUCAAAGGAUCCUAUAACCAGCUGCUUAACAGGUUUAAUGAGAGUGAGCGUCUGUUGAAGGAGCUGCAGGCGGCUCAUAUCUCCCUCAUUAAACAGAUGGACACAGUGAGGAAGACCCAGGACACACUACGACUACAGCACGACAAGGCAUUGUGUGAGCUGAAAGAGAGGGAGGAGCAAAUGAAAUCCUUUCAAUCAGAGCUUCAGCAGAGAAACCGUGACAUCACAGGUCUGCGUGGUGAGUUGCGGGAUCAGGAGGAGAGGGAGAGAGCGAAAGAGAAAGAGAGGGAGGAACUAGAGGAAACGGUGGAUAUUCUGAGGAAGGAACUCAACAAGACUGAGUUGGCCAGAAAAGACGCCAGCAUCAGGGCGUCCUCUCUGGAGCUGCAGAAAGCCCAGGUGGAGGCCAAACUGCAGAAGAAAGAGGACGAGCUGAACAAACACUCUUCUAUGAUCGCCAUGAUACACAGCCUCAGCUCUGGCAAACAGAAGAGUGACGUCAACCUGUCCCUCUGAGACACAAACACGCACUGUCAAUUUGUCUCUGUGACAUCUGCACACACACACACACACACAGGAUCAGAAGGAAUGGAUAUUUUUAAACUAAAUUAGUAACUAAUUUCUGUCAUUUUAAUGUACCGCUAUCUGCAUUUUUAACCUAUUGUCCAUAUAUCCUGCAUUUACCAUUAUUCUACCAUCUGUUUUUCUGUCUGUUGUAUUGACGUGUAAAUAAAUAUUGACUGGUCUGAUGA